AUGCAGCAAGAGUUGCUCAAGUGUCUAAUAGAUUAUUAUUCGAAACUUGCAAACACAGAGGACAAGUGGAGAGUGCUUGCGAAAAGUGUUGAACGAACGAUUGAAGCUCUGAAAAAUCAGACCGAGCAGUUUCAACAUGUGACGAGUUCAGAAGUCGACAAUGCAGAACUCUGCAAAGUCGAAGGUCUUCGAGAGCGGCUAAUUUUUAAAAUUCACGCAGGAAUCGAGGACGAGGUCGAACGCAUUUGUGAAGCUCUGAUUCAUUUUAAAAAUUAUAAUCAGGAGUUGAAGACAAAACUGAAAAAACUGGAGUCAGUUCGAGACAAGGUGUCCUUAGAGGACGAAGUUAUGAAAGAACUGAUGGAUGGAACGCCACGCAGACCAGCCCUAAAUUUACUUCUCGAAUGGGCGAUCGAUUCCCAUGACUACUACGAAAAAUUAUAUUGCACUUUAAGGGACAGCUUGAAAGCUGUGGAUUACAAGGACGAGGCGAGCGUCGAGAGGCUGGCCGACUCCUUCGUUGAGAGCGAGUCUAUGAGAAUGAAAAUCGAUCGAAUACUGGCCUACACACAAUUCAUUGCUCGGCAACCAAUCCGCUGA